AUGACAGAGACGACGAUCAGACUGCACAUCACCCCUCUCACGCCCGAACUACUCCCCUCGGUCCUACCACCGUCGAUGCGAUCGUCGGCCACCGACAUUUCCUUUCACAGCCUUCCCACAUUCCCCGAAAACGACUACGGAUAUAUUACCUUGCCGACCAUGGAGGCUGAGAAGAUCAAGAAGAAGCUGAAUGGUUCCAUUCUCAAGGGGAAGAAAUUCAAGAUCGAGACUGCUCGUCCUUCCAAAAGGCAAAGGCACGAAGAGGCCGAGGAAGUUCCCGCCGAGAAAGAGAAAAAGAAAUCGAAAAAGCGCAAGUCCGAGGAUGCCGAUAGUAGCGUGCUCGAGGGUUAUGAGCUGCCUUCGGAUCGCAAAGUGAAGAGAGCGUGGACAGAGCCUUCUGGUUCCCGGCGCAAAUCCGACAAGAAGAGCAAGGACGACAAGAAGGAAAAGCCCCAGCCCAAAUCCAAGUACACCGACAAAUCCGAGCUUCUGUUCCGGACCACCCUCCCACCCAAUCGAGCAUCCGAAGAGGCGGCCGAUGAUAAGAAAGCCAAGAAAAAGAAGAAGUCCUCGCGAGAGACUGUCGUCCACGAGUUUGAGAAAACAUACACACACCCGAGUUUCCUACGAACAGCCGGCGAAGAAGUCAAGCCCUCAACUACCUUCGACGAAGAGAAGGGAUGGGUAGAUGCUUCUGGAGACGUUAAGGAAGCCCCGAGUAAAAAGAGUCGCAAGGAGAAUUACCGACCAGGCAAGGUCGCCGGAGCUAAAGAGAAGCGUCUGUCAAAGAAGGCCCUUGGUGUCAAGGAAAAGUCAAAGAGCCCCGUUCCAUCAAGCGAAUCAGAUGAUUGGACAUCUUCCAGCGGUUCUUCGCUUGAGAGCUCAGAUUCUGAGAGUGAGAGCGAAAGCGAUGCCGAAAGCAAUUCUGACAAGUCUUCUAAGGAGGUCGUGAUAAAGGAGGCACCCAAGGAGCUCGCAUCCUUAAAGAAGACUACAACGCCCAUCAAGGGCAUCUCAUCUGCCGCAGAAGACUCUGAGUCUAAAUCGGAGUCUGGAUCUGACUCUAGCUCCAACUCUGAUUCCGACUCCGAUUCCGAGCCAACAAACACCAAGGAAGUAGCUGCGGAAGGGCCUGCUUCUAAUGAAGUCCACCCCUUGGAAGCUCUUUUCAAGCGGAACACCCAGGGCGCCUCUCGGGACCAGCCUGGCGAAGACACCAAUACCGGCUUCAGUUUCUUCGGGAAUGGUGACAUUGAGUCUGACGAUGAGACCAAGUCUGCCGAGCCCCAGACCCCAUUUACGCCAUUCACGAAAAGAGACCUUCAAGAUCGGGGUCUGCGAAGCGCAGCUCCCACUCCCGACACAGCCAUGAUCAACAAACGCAUGAACUGGACCGAGGAAGACGAGGACGACUCGGAGGACGACAUGUCUAUUAACACUCCCGUGUCCAAGGCCCGAGGCGCGGACGAACUUAAGGAGGAGACCGAGUUUACGAAGUGGUUUUGGGAGAACCGCGGUGACAACAACCGUGCGUGGAAGAAGAGGCGGCGUGAUGCAGCCAAGGAACAGAGACAGAGAGAGAACCGGAAGAAGGCUCGCGAGGCCGGACGCACUGGAUGCUCCUCUAAGUCGACCCUGCUCAGCGGAAACUCACGACAGCAAACCGUGGAGACCGAACUGCCGUCACAACACAGCAGGAACCUAAUCCAAGACCUCUUCGCAGCCCCGACGUCCUUCUGCAAAUGCACCUGCUUCUCUAACAGCACGAUUAUCCCUCUUGACCCGGCCAAGUCCGGAUCGGACCCCCUCAGCAAUGUGAUGAAUCUGUACUCGCGCGCAGUUGACAACACACUCGACACCGCCGAAGCCAAUUCCGAGACCGAGAGCGAUCCCGAGUCCGCGAUUCCCGACGAACGCGAGGAGGGUGACCUCGACCUUUCCAAACGCGCGAAGAAAUACCGCCAACUCAGCUGCAACGAUUGCAACCGCAAGUUCUGUCUGGACUACGAACUGCCGACAUGUAAAGGGGCGAAGGAGGACGAUGUCUUUACGACCUGUUUCCAGCGCGAUUCUCGCAAAGACGAGGCGGUAGUGUUCAUUUUUAUUUUUGCGACGGGCGGCCUGCUGGCGUGGGCAGUUUGCAAGCCGUGGGUUGAGCGAUAUCUCGAGGCUGCACGAGAACGCCGAUCGUACAUGCCCGUUGAAGAGAGCUGA